CAGAAAUACUAUGAAGACGUUCUCCUCACACGGCUGCUCUGCUCACUACUCUCUAUACGCUUAGCCUCCCUUCCAAACCACAGACUCCAUCACACCCCUUCCGCCGCCCAAGGCGGGGUCUAUGAGGCCACCACAAUGAGUUCCCUAAAGCAGUUCAUCCGGAAUGUGCGCGCGGCAAAGACGAUUGCGGACGAGCGCGCCGUCGUGCAGAAGGAGAGUGCUGCGAUCCGAGCAAGCUUCAGGGAAGAGAGCGGCGACCAUAAUGUUCGGAGAAACAAUGUCGCAAAGCUCCUCUACCUGUUCACUUUGGGAGAGCGAACACACUUUGGACAAAUAGAAUGUCUAAAGCUGCUGGCAUCCCCGCGCUUUGCGGACAAGCGAUUGGGAUAUUUGGGGACCAUGUUGCUUCUCGACGAGAACCAAGAAGUCCUUACAUUGGUCACAAACUCUCUGAAAAAUGAUCUCAACCACCCGAACCAGUAUAUCGUUGGUCUCGCCCUGUGCACUCUUGCAAAUAUCGCCUCUGUCGAAAUGUCCCGAGAUCUUUUCCCGGAAGUCGAGACGAUAAUAUCAAGUGCCAAUCCAUACAUACGCCGGAAGGCUGCCCUCUGUGCGAUGCGGAUAUGUCGCAAAGUCCCAGAUCUCCAAGAACACUUUCUGGAAAAGUCGAAACUGUUGCUUCAAGAUCGAAACCAUGGCGUGCUGCUAUGUGGUUUGACACUGGUUACGAGCAUGUGUGAGGCCGACGAGCUCGAGGACGGAGAGAAUGAUGUAGUGGAUAAAUUUCGGCCGCUGGUGCCAAGCUUGGUCAAGCUACUGAAGCAACUGUCCAGCUCGGGAUAUGCUCCAGAACACGAUGUUACCGGAAUCACGGACCCCUUUCUCCAAGUCAAGAUCCUUCAGCUGUUGCGUGUACUAGGCCGAGGUGACACCCAAACAAGUGAACAGAUCAACGAUAUUCUUGCACAGGUUGCGACAAACACCGAAGCAUCGAAGAACGUCGGCAACUCGAUUCUAUACGAAGCAGUCCUGACUAUUCUCGACAUCGAAGCCGAUUCAGGCCUCCGGGUGCUAGGCGUCAACAUUCUCGGAAAAUUCCUUUCUAAUCGGGAUAACAACAUUCGCUACGUUGCUUUGAACACUCUCAUAAAGGUCGUAGCUGUGGAACCCAAUGCGGUCCAGAGACAUCGGAAUACCAUUCUGGACUGUCUACGAGACCCCGACAUUAGUAUUCGAAGGAGAGCUCUCGAUUUGAGCUUCACAUUGAUCAACGAGAGUAACGUACGGGUGCUAAUCAGAGAAUUGCUUGCUUUCCUUGAAGUCGCAGAUAAUGAGUUCAAGCCUAUAAUGACUUCCCAGAUUGGCAUUGCGGCGGAUCGAUUUGCGCCAAACAAGAGAUGGCACGUUGACACGAUGCUACGGGUUUUAAAACUGGCUGGCAACUACGUCAAGGAGCAAAUACUUUCAUCCUUUGUCAGACUCAUUGCAACGACCCCUGAAUUGCAAACGUACUCGGUGCAAAAGCUAUAUGCAGCGCUCAAAGACGACAUUACUCAGGAUGGCCUUACUCUCGCUGGCUCAUGGGUGAUCGGAGAGUAUGGUGAUGCGCUACUCAGAGGGGGGCAAUAUGAGGAGGAAGAACUCGUCAAAGAGGUCAAAGAGCAUGAUCUUGUUGACUUGUUCGAGACCAUUCUCAACAGCAGCUACGCGGGCCAGAUUGUUACCGAGUACAUCAUCACGGCGGCAAUGAAGCUUACCACUCGUAUGAAUGAUGCUGCCCAAAUCGAGAGACUAAGGCGAAUGCUCUUACGAAACCAAACCAAUCUUGACGUUGAGAUUCAGCAACGGUCAGUGGAGUACGUCAACUUAUUUGGCUAUGACCAGGUUAGGAGGGGCGUGCUAGAGAAAAUGCCCGCUCCAGAGAUACGCGAAGAACAGCGAGUACUCGGUGAAGCUACGAAGAAACGUCAUUCAAAGGUCACCAAGAAGAAGUCUUCCCAGAUCACUGGCGAAGACAUGCUUCUCGAUCUUAUGGGUGGGUCUGAUAUGCCAUCAGAGCUCAACGGCCCAACGAACGGUUCUCAGAAUAACGCAGACCUUCUCGCGGAUAUUCUUGGUGGCUCCUCACUCUCGUCACCUGUAGGACAAACGACGUCACCGCCGCCGAGGUCCAACGUCAACUCAAUACUGGACCUCUUCGACACGCCUUCUACGAACACACCUCAACCCACGGUGAAACAGCCACCACCAUCGAAUGUCGACCUUUUUGGUGGGAUGUCCUCACCUCCACCACAAGCCUCGCCUCCACCAGUUUCGGGACCACCAGCUCAUGCUGCCUACAACAAAAACGAUCUCCAAAUUACCUUCCAACUUCAACGCACCGCCACUGCUGUGCAAGUUUUGGCCCGUUUCCGAAACACGGGCGCAUUCGAUCGUCUUGGCGGUGUGUCCCUUCAGGCGGCAGUACCAAAGAGCCAGAAGCUGCAACUACAGCCCAUUAGUCAAGCUGAGUUAGAUGGUGGACAAGAAGCAACCCAGCAGAUGAGGGUAACGGCCGUCAAUGGGACACCACCUGCAAGGCUUAGAUUACGGCUGAAGAUAAGUUAUUCGAGUAGUAGCGCUGGUACUGUCCAUGAACAAGUGGACUGGUCAGAACCGGCUUGAGAGACGGAGGGUCGUCCUUGUUAGCCAUUGAUUGGUGUAUGAGGAAGAGACAAUGUAUACGGUCUGCAGAAGCAUAGAAGUGAUAGCGAUAAGUCAUACAUAUGCAUUGGCGGUUCCAUGUGCUUC